UUGUGUUUUGCUCUCCCUCGCCCAGUCCGAAACCCCUCUCUUCAACUCCUCUCUCACUCUCAUGAUUACAGAUCAAGGCACCACCCUCUUCUUCUCUCGUCUCCUCCUUCUGAAGUACGUCUCUAGGGUUUUUGUUCUUCGUGCUUAUCUGCUUUUGUGGUUCUGAAAGUGGAGACCGGAGAACUUCGAUGUCGUCGUCUUCCGCUCCUGCUCCUGCUGCUGCUUCUUCGAAGAUCUGUUUCAAUCAAGACUGUAAGGAUGCUAAAUCGGAGAGGCUGAGGAAGGGAUGGCGGCUUCGGAAUGGAGAAUACGCUGAGCUCUGCGAUCGAUGCGCUUCUGCAUUUGAGGAAGGGAGAUACUGUGAAACUUUUCACUCAGAAGCUGCUGGUUGGAGGGGCUGUGAGUCAUGUGGGAAGAGGGUGCACUGUGGAUGUAUUGUUUCUUUCCAUUCAUUUUUGUUAUUGGAUGCUGGAGGAGUUGAGUGCAUCGCAUGUGCUAGAAAAAAUAUGAUCCCGGCAUCCACGAUAUGGCCAUCCUCUUUUUUUCUGCCUCUACCACUUCCCGAGAGACUUAAAGACCUCUCAAUCAAGAAUUGGAGUCAUACUUCAGGUCCAAGUGCAGUUGCAGCACAGUGGCGUCAACCACCCAAUUUAUGGAAUACUGCUACUUCUCAGCCUGAGUUGCACCCUAGGUUGCCUUAUGAAGUUGACAGAUUAGGUGCUGUCUCUGCAAUGGACAAGAAGAAGUCUGAUGAUCCAUCUGAAAGAUUAGCAUCAAGCAGCUUGAAGCUUCCCACAUCAGAUAGACUUGCAAAUGGUAAUGCUGGUAUUGACACAUUGGCUGGAUUAACUACGUUUCACAGGGAAGAAGGGAAUCUUGAUGGCUCACAUCAUUCCUACCGCCAUAAGGGAGAAAAUGAUCCAGCAGAUACACGAAAAGGAGAUACUUCUAUGAACAAUGACAUACAUCCAAGUUCAUUUGUAAAUAUUUCACUAUCAUCAUCCAUUCCAAAGGAUGAACCAUCAACUCCACAUUUUGGGUUUGGUGCACCUUAUGUUUCAACCAGUGACACAAAUGCUGCAACUAAGACUUCUGGAACUCAAUCACAACGGCAAACCCCUCCACCUCCAUUGACAAAGCAAAUCUGUGCUAGUCCAAAUAAUGGUGGCGAUUCAUCUACCGAAUCUCAAUUACGCAAUGGAAGACCUCGAGGGGAUGCUCGAGGAAGGAAUCAGUUACUUCCCAGAUACUGGCCAAGGAUAACAGAUCAAGAGCUACAACAAAUCUCUGGAGACAAAAAUGCUGUCAUCACACCAUUGUUUGAGAAGAUGUUAAGUGCUAGUGAUGCAGGCCGGAUUGGGCGUUUAGUGCUUCCCAAAAAAUGUGCAGAGGCUUACUUCCCUGCAAUUUCUCAACCUGAAGGGUUGCCUUUAAAAGUCCAGGAUGCAAAAGGCAAGGAAUGGGUAUUCCAGUUCCGUUUCUGGCCAAAUAAUAACAGCAGGAUGUAUGUUCUAGAAGGGGUUACACCUUGUAUUCAGUCAAUGCAGUUGCAAGCAGGUGAUACAGUAACAUUCAGUCGGAUUGAUCCAGAAGGAAAACUGGUUAUGGGAUUCAGAAAGGCUUCUAGUGUUCCAGCUGACCAGGAUAAUCAAACACAUAAAUCUGGGAGUGGUAUCUCUGCAAAUGGAGAGGUUAAAUCAGCAGAUCCAGCAAGCACUUGGUCUAAGGUUGAUAAAUCUGGAUACAUAGCAAAAGAUGUGCCUGGAGCCAAGGCUUCUAUCCCAAGUAAGAGGAAAAGCAGCACCCUUGGCUCGAAGAGUAAACGCCUACGGAUUGAAAAUGAGGACUUGAUAGAGCUCAAAUUAACAUGGGAAGAAGCUCAAGGACUGCUCCGCCCACCUCCUAACCAUGCACCCAGUAUUGUAGUAAUCGAGGGCCAUGAAUUCGAAGAAUAUGAGGAAGCACCAGUACUUGGGAGGCCGACAAUUUUUGCAACCACUAAUCAGGGUGAUAAGGUCCAAUGGGCUCAGUGUGAAGACUGUUCUAAGUGGCGUAAACUACCCUUUGAUGCACUUCUUCCAUCCAGAUGGACCUGUUCCAAAAACUCAUGGGAUCCAAAAAGGUCUUGUAAUUCAGCACAGGAAUUAAGCAUGGAGCAGCUUGAAGAGAUUAUUUCUUCUGGAAAAUCCACUGCUUCCAAGAGAACCAAGGCUGCCAAACAAGACAAAGAUGCUGUUGAAGCAUCAGAUGGGCUUGACACUCUUGCAAACCUUGCCAUUAUGGGAGAAGGUGAUGCACUGCCUCCAUCUGCUCAGCCAACUACAAAGCAUCCUCGCCAUCGGCCUGGGUGCACAUGCAUUGUCUGCAUCCAGCCUCCAAGUGGGAAGGGCCCCAAGCAUAAACAGACAUGCACAUGUAAUGUCUGCCUGACCGUCAAACGCCGCUUCCGCACCCUCAUGCUACGGCGGGAGAAGCGACAAUCGGAGAAGGAAGCAGAGACAGCUCGCAAAAAGCAGCAGCAGAUUCACCUACCUAAGAAGACAACUCAGGAAGAUGAUCCACCAGUGAGCAGUAAUGCAAGAAAUAGCAGUCCAAACCAGAAACAAUCAGAAAAUGGGGUUUCUGAGGAGGAUUCAAACAGGAAGAAACCCUCCUGUUCACCUCUUAAAGGCCAAAUUGAUCUGAACAUCCAGCCAGAAAGGGAGGAUGAACCACCUUCUGUUUCAGAAUCUGCCAGUAUGCUAAGGAUGAUCCAAGAUGCAACUGACAUGUAUCUGAGGAAGCAGAGACUUUCAAGUUCAGCCACCAGAGAUCUAAACGAAGGUGGUGGGGAUGGUGCUGGAGCAGGAGGGGACAAGACUGAUGGUAUUUCCCACGGAAGUAAUCAUCUAGAAGUUGAUGCCGACCAUCCUAUCACUUUAUCUAUGUCCAUGUCUGCACCAACAUCAGCAACAGGCUAGAUUCUUGUCAGUGUUUUGCAAUAUAAUAUUGAAGAUAUGCACAGUGGGGGCGGUUCUGUGUAAAUUCAUUGACAUCUACACGGGGUGCUCCCUUAACCCGAUCCACAUCCACAAACAACGGCUGCCCAUGUACAUAAAAGGAAAGAGGUAGGAUUUUGGAGAAUAUGGUAAUUUAUUGAUUGUAUGUCUUGUACUUCUUUUCAACACCAAGAGACUGGACAGCAGGAUAGAAGCUCUACAUUUUUUUGGAUGCUGAUCUUGUUGUCUUCAGGAGAAGGCGAGGGUUUUCAAUCCUUCAAAACAGAGAAAAGGAAUGUUUCCUGUUUACUCUUUUGAGCUUCAUUGCAUUUAUGGUUUAAGUUUGAAAACCAUGGUGAUGGUGUUACUUUUUUUAGCAAUCAAAGUAUCAAACUACCUA